CGUUCACUUUGUCCUUGGAGCAAACGAUUCGCGUCUUGGACCAUCUCCUGUGGCUUCGCACGGAUGGGCAUUUUGAGGGUUACGGUUAGGCACCUGUAAAGAAAUAACUUGCAUCUAGACAGCUCCCUUUCGUGGCCUCAGGACAACCCCAAAGCGCUUCACAGCCAAUGAAGUGCCUUCAAAGUGUUGCCACUGUUGUAAUCCACGGAAACGUCAGCAAAAUGUCACAAACAGCAAUGAGAUCAAUGAUAUUUAUAGUGAUAUUAAUUGAGGGAUAAAGAUUGGUGAAGGCUGUUCUUCAACAUAGUGACUUAAUUGACACCGUUUACUCCCAUCUUAGACGGCAGACGAGAUUUUGGAUUAACAUCUAAACCAAUCGGAGCAUUUUCGACGUUAGAGCACGCCCUCCGUAUAGUACAGAGCUAUUAGUCUAUAUUGUGUGAUUUUGCUGGUGCAAAGACAGGGGCUACAGCUGACGUUUGAGUACUUGACAGGAAUGAUGACCAGGAGGGGAACAGCUGCUUCUCUGUGCUUGGAAGGAAAACUUGUAUUGCUGCCUCUUGAAGAGUUUCAAUAGACCCUCACUGCCUAGAUUCACACAUUCAUAAUAGCCAGGUCAUUGAGAUGCUCCUGUGGUUAAGGUUUGUGCUCCGGAACAUUUGUACAAUGCACGUUGUAGGUGGGACAUUGAAACCUGCCGGGUCAAAGAUGGCAGUUCCCGGUGGCAGUGGCGAUUUUACAUCGCCCAACAGCAAAAGUGUGGCCGAGACUCCACAAAAAGUGCGGCAGCUGCUGUCAGACAGCAUUGCCGAGAUUGAUCAGAUCAGCUCUAACCCCGAAUCACCUAAUGACAAUGAUUUACCCAGAUCACCAGUAUCCUGUGAUUCUGCUAAUAAAGAAGCUUUCUUUUCACGAGUUGAAACUUUCACAUCAUUCAACUGGGCUGGGAUGCCAUUUGAACUCUCCCCUUUGCAGUGUGCGAAAUAUGGUUGGACCAACAUAGAGUGUGACAUGCUGAAGUGUUGCAGUUGUCAGGCAUUCCUGUGCACUACUCUGCAUCCAACCUUGGACGCCAGUAGAUAUAAAGAGAGGGUUGCUACACUGCAAGAAGGAUUGAAAACAGCACAUGAGAAGUUCUGCUUUUGGCCUGACAACCCCUGUCCAGAUCGAUUCUGGGCAUUACCUUUGAAUGAACCAGCAGCCCUUCUGCUUGGGGUGACAGAGCGGUUCAAGAGUCUUUGUUCACUGGACUUGCAGUUACCUGCCGUCAAACAUGACGAUCUCAAAGAAAUGACCAUCACAGAGGAAACUAUCAGUUCAAUAUUGCAGUUGGUUGAAGAUGAACUGAUGUGUGGCACUCUGUCUGAAAGUCCUGGGCUAAAGAGCAGUACAGAUGUCCUUUCCGUCCAUCUUUCUGCCUGUAUCCUUGCACUGUCUGGCUGGGCUGCUGGUUCUUCGUCUGAAUUUCUCCACCUGCCAGUAAUCACCUGUUCCUACUGCAUGAGGAAGGUGGGACUGUGGAGCUUUCAGCAGAUUGAUGGUGUUUGCCCAGCCAGUGAGCCUGAGAUGCCCGUCUGCAGUACCUCCCCACUUGAAAACAAGCCAGAAAGGUCAACACCACCUCCUCCUGCAAUGUCUCCCCACAGGAUGAUCACUCGAAGUCAAGAUGCUGCCCAGUCUCAGAGCAGCGAGCAGCACGAAACCAGCCCUUCGCCCAUUGGGGCUCGCACACGGAGUCGAGAUGUCCACAGUCCUACUCAAGUUGAUCGAGGCGAGUCAGAUUCUAUUAGUUUACAUUUGCGGAACAAGCGACCAGUGACCCGUAGCAUGGGACAGGGGGACAUGCCUUCCAGCCCUCAGCGGAAGCCUAAGAGAAUGCGUUUGUCCUCAACUGCUAGCUCAGAUAGUACUCGGGGAUACUUUAACCCUGUCUCCCAGCACAGGGACUGGUGUCCAUGGGUUAGGAAGACGCUGGAACUAGAAGAAAAACCAAAUGACCCGGAGCCAGAGGAGCAGACCCCAGUGCCUGGCUUAGCUGAGAAGACGGAACUAGGAUGGAAGGAGUCUCUUCGGGUGCUCUUGUCACUGAACACUGCCCGGACCCCAAACGAGUGCUCAGACAGUGUUUCUCUUUCAGAAAAGUCCAACAAGGUGUUCCGAAUAUUCCGACAGUGGCAGGUCCCAUGUUCCUCAUAAAGUUGUUUGUUGAAUGGGACGAAGAAGCACUUGGUACUGAAUUAAGUGAUUACGAUAGGAGAUGGAUUUUGAACUUCAUCGUAACAGAUUUUUUUCCAUAUGUUUUGCUACUUCAUUUGAAAAACACAAAAGCAUGGAGCUGGUCUGUGUUAAGCCCAUCCCAUACCAGGUAGAAGCCAUCAGGAUGGUUCUACCAUUACGAUCUUAUCUCACUUCACAGAUGUAUUUAACAUGUUAAAAUAUCGCAACGGCUUUGAACAAAUGUGAAUAAAAUGUUUUGAUAGUU